UGUGGAGGAAUAAUAAAAGAUAACCAUAAAAAUGGUAUAAGUGGCGACGCGAGUGCCUCACCGCUAAAUCAAAAUAUUCCUGAAAACAACGCCCUCCUUUCUCUGCCCCUACCCUGCAACCUUCCAAGACUGUCAAUUGGAUCUUCAUGAGUUCAACAAUUACUGGAGCAUACUUCGUUUCCUGUGGCUCGGGAAACAAGAACAACGACAACGACCUCUUCUGCUGGAUUUUGCUCUGCUUGCUGCCUAAGUUUUUGGGAACUCCUUUUGCUUACAUUAACUUUCUCCUCAUUCAGGCAAUUGAUAGGAGUCCAUCUGCAGUGAGGGUCUUGGGGAGCUUUGGGGUUGUUGAUAUUUAGUCUUUAUUAGUUUGGUCAUCAGCAUAUUUAGAUCCCUUAUUCUUAGGUGGUGAAAAUGGUUUCCUCUCAGUUUUCUGGUUUGACGACGGCUGGUGCAUACAAACCGUUACAGACUCAUUUACUCUUUCCUGCGGACCUUCCUGAUACGGUAAACACGGAGCAUAUUGAGCUAGAUUUCUCUGAUGUCUUUGGUCCAGUUACAGUAGAUUUGAGUAACAUUGAUUCCACUACUGGUGAGCCUGUAGAAGAAGUGAGCGAGCUGGUUUAUGAUGACCCGGAAGUCAUUUACACUCGCUCUCAUUCUCUGGUUGGCCCUUCUACUUGUGUUAAUCAAUCCCUUAAGCUUGGAAAACUCACCAUACAUGAGACUGAGGAUUCAUUAGAAUUAGUGGAGGAUUUCACUGGAGAGACCAUUGAAGACAUAAAAGAAUCUUCCUUUGUGGAGGAAUCUUUGAAAGAUGAAGAUGGGAAUCUCAUGAAGAUCCAGAGAGUUAGCAUUGAGGAUUUCGAUAUUUUGAAGGUUGUGGGGCAGGGUGCAUUUGCAAAAGUAUAUCAGGUAAGGAAAAAAGGUACAUCAGAAAUAUAUGCCAUGAAGGUUAUGCGGAAGGACAAAAUUAUGGAGAAGAAUCAUGCUGAAUACAUGAAAGCUGAGAGGGAUAUUAUGACAAAGAUAGAGCACCCCUUUGUUGUUAAGCUCAGAUACUCUUUUCAGACAAAGUACCGACUAUAUCUUGUGCUGGAUUUUGUAAAUGGCGGCCAUCUCUUCUUCCAGCUUUAUCAUCAAGGCCUUUUCAGAGAGGAUCUGGCACGCGUAUACACUGCUGAGAUUGUUUCUGCAGUUUCACAUCUCCAUUCAAAUGGAAUAAUGCACAGGGAUCUAAAACCUGAAAAUAUCCUACUGGAUGCUGAUGGCCAUGUUAUGCUGACUGAUUUUGGCUUAGCAAAACAGUUUGAAGAUAGUACAAGAUCAAAUUCGAUGUGUGGUACAUUAGAGUACAUGGCACCUGAAAUUAUUCUUGGCAAGGGCCAUGACAAGGCUGCUGAUUGGUGGAGUGUUGGUGUCCUACUGUUUGAGAUGCUUACUGGAAAGCCACCUUUCUGUGUUGGGAGCCGUGACAGAAUUCAGCAAAAGAUAGUUAAAGACAAGAUUAAGCUGCCAGCAUUUUUGUCAAGUGAAGCACAUUCACUGUUGAAAGGGCUGCUACAGAAGGAAGCAACUAAGCGCUUAGGUUGUGGAGCCCGGGGGAUUGAAGAAAUUAAAGGCCACAAGUGGUUUAAACCAAUCAAUUGGAAAAGGUUGGAAGCACGAGAGAUCCAACCAAGCUUUCGGCCAGAAGUAGCUGGGAAGCACUGUGUUGCCAACUUUGAGAAGCGCUGGACUGAUAUGCCUGUUGUGGACUCUCCAGCUGCCAGCCCAAAUGGUGGAAAUCCCUUCAAGGACUUCUCUUAUGUGAGGCCUGCAGCCUCUUUUCUUCAAAGCCAUAGCCCUGCUUGCUAACUUUGCAGCUUGAAAUGGCAUUGGCUUAAGAUGCACAUGUUUUCGUAUACUGUCUUCCUUCUCAUUAGGUAUUACCUGUAUUGCCAACUUUGAGAAGAGCUGGACUGAUAUGCCUGUUGUGGACUCUCCAGCUGCCAGCCCAAAUGGUGGAAAUCCCUUCAAGGACUUCUCUUAUGUGAGGCCUGCAGCCUCUUUUCUUCAAAGCCAUAGCCCUGCUUGCUAACUUUGCAGCUUGAAAUGGCAUUGGCUUAAGAUGCACAUGUUUUCGUAUACUGUCUUCCUUCUCAUUAGGUAUUACCUGUAUUUGGAUGCGUGAUCAGUGGUACACUGUCACAGUAAUUGCCAACAAGAAAUGUUUUCUUCUGCCAUUAGGACUUGUGUGAACUUUGCAGGUUUUGAGUUCAGUUACUUAUCGAUGUGACUUGCGGCUCUACAGCUACGUUGAGCUGUCUUAUAUGCAGCAAAUAAAUUGCUUUAUUUUAUACUGUUACAAAUACUGUGUU